UUUCUUCUUUUUCUUUUUUAGGAGGAUAUUCCCAUAGUGGAUUUGGCUGCAGCUCUUGGAGGCAAUUGUAUAGCUACCUAAAGUGGUACAAUUCCAGCUUUUCUUUAUUUUUUAGAUAAUCUGAUUGUCUUCUAUGUGUUGUCCUAUCUUGAACCAGCCAUGGCAGUUCUAUUCUCAAAUUUUGUUAUCAUAACAACAGCUCUACUGUUCAGAAUAGUGCUGAAGCGGCAGGUCUCCUGGGUGCAAUGGGCCUCUUUGCUGAUUCUGUUCCUAUCUAUUGUAGCUCUGACUGCAGGGACAGGAAGCAAUAAGCAUAGCUUGGCUGUGCAUGGAUUUCAUCAUGACAUUUUUCUCAGUCAUUCAAACAGUUGCCUACAGUAUACCAAGUCAGAAGAAGAAUGUUGGGGAAAAGAGAACUGCACUCUUAGAUGGUCCUUCCCUGCCUUUAGCUGGAAUGUCACAACUACAGCAGGACCCAUGAAAACAGUUUGUCUUGGACUGGGACAUCUGCUCAUACUAGUACAGUGUUUUAUUUCAGCGUUAGCCAACAUCUACAAUGAAAAAAUACUGAAAGAAGGAGGCCAAUUCAGUGAGAACAUCUUUGUGCAGAAUACCAAGUUGUACCUCUUUGGAGCUAUGUUUAAUGCUCUGAUGCUAAGCCUGCGCCCUGAAAACAGGCGCCAAAUAGAGUAUUGUGGGUUUUUUUAUGGUCACAACAUAUUCUCCAUGGCCCUUAUUUUUGUCACUGCCUUCCUUGGGCUCUCCGUGGCCUUCAUUCUGAAGUUCCGAGACAACAUGUUUCAUGUUUUGACUGCACAAGUUACAACAGUGAUCAUCACCACCGUGUCAGUUUUUGUAUUUGACUUUAAGCCUUCCAUGGAGUUCUUCUUGGAAGCCCCUGUAGUUCUUUUGUCUAUAUUUAUCUAUCACUCCAGCAGCCCUCAUUCUACGGAACACACUAUUCAGUGGGAGAGGGGCAAACAUAAUGGAGGUACAUGGGAGCGCUGUAGUGGGGAUGGAGAAGAACUUGAGAGACUCACCAAACCAGGCAGUGAUCAUGAUUCAGAGGAGGAGGCCUUAUAGCAAAUGGUGGUCACGUCUAAAAUUUGGGGGAGAUCGCCUGGACAUUCAUGCCAAGUAGAUAAUGGGAAGAGGGCUUUGCCAAUUCACAAAAUAUUUCCUAUGAGUAACAUAAUCAGGCAAAAAGCACCAAAUUACUAGAAUGUAACCAGCGGUCCUCCACCCACCCCAGCCAUUCACAAGUUUUCUGUUCCAACUCUUCCAUCUGGUUGUGGAAGGUUCUUUCCCAGCAUAGAAUAUGAGGGCAGGAAACUUUUUCACAGUGGAAGCGGUGGAAAUCUCUUACUGUUUUACUGAGGUGGGAUUCAAAAAAAUAAAAUAAAAAUCAAGUUCUGCUAGAUGAUAUUUUAAUUGCUCAGCAAAGAAAGGAUAUUAGGGUGGGAUUAGAAAAAUCAGCAGAGAUUAUAAUUUCUCCUAAUCCUCAUGACUAUGCACUAAUAAUGUUGAAGACCAUACACCUUGAGUAUUAAAUGCAAUUGGAAUUUUGUGGAGAUCUACACAUUCUUGUCAAAUGGACGAUGGCAAGAGGUUUGCAUGUUUACAAAUUACUAUUCACAUAAUUCACUGAUUCACAUAAAGCACUGAUUUACUAUAAUGCUGUCAAAAUAUUAAUUGCUGGGAAUUAUCGAGGGGCAAUCGUUGCUCUUCUGAUAGUAGACUUCCCAUAGGCAACUAGUUGGUCAUCGUUGAAAAUAGGUUACUGGAAUAGAGUUUUUAUGUGAUCUAGCAGAACUGUUCAUGUUUCUGUGUACUUGAUCUUCUAAAAUGAAGAUUUAUUUUUGCAGCAAAAGUCAUUGGAAUUCAGGGGAUUCGGCUGCAGAAUUUUGAACCACGUAUUUUGAGACAGCUGCUUUUUUUCCACCUCAAAUUAAAGAGACUGGAGUGUUAAUGCUGAGAUAUCUCAGUUCAAGGAUGAUGUGAGAGAGGAACUUAUUGAUGGAAUUAUGAAAGCUAUCUUUUUGUGAAAAUCCAGGCGCACAAUGCUCAAAAUAUUGCAUGCCACAAAUACAGAGAUGAAAUGGUAACAUUUUUUAUAUGUAAAAUGUGCUUUACCCUUUUAAGCUUUGAAAAAUAUUGUUGCCAUCAUGCAUUGUAUGCCUUAGGUACCAUGUAAGUCAUCAGUCCUUUAUAUGACUACCCCUGUAAUACCCAGUGUUAACAUCUGGAUAUGUUUGAGCCUCACAAUUUCAGUAAUUAAGACAUCGUUUGAAUAUGAAAACCAAUAUUUGGGCAUAUAGCAUUUCUUCUAAAUGCCUUCAUCAUCACAAAUCAGAUGAGUUAUCCAGCUGAUGGAGCCAUGAAAUGAAUAGGAAAUUAGUAACAUUACCUUCUAGCCCUUUUGCAUAUUUCUGUACUAUUUGGGUACUAUUUUUACUUUUGCUACAUGAAAAUAGAUAAAUUGUGUAUUUAAGCAUAAAAUUUCAAUUACUUCUUUCAAAAUAUACUAAUACGAUCAUCCUUCUAGGAUAAUGCAAAACACGGUCCAGAAAGAUAUAUUGUUCCAAGUAUUUAUUCAUUCUUAGCCGGUGUAGCUGAUGGGAUGGAAGGAAUUACACUCCUAACAUCUGGGGAUUUUGUGAUAAAUGUUUCUACUCCUAAUAUAAACCAUGUAACACUGCAUAAAACUGCAUUUAUCUUCUUUUACAUGCAUGUUGUUCACAAGCUAUGUGUUUCAAAUGAAUUACUUUGCCUGGUGAAUCAUUGAUGUGCAACUAUCCCAAGUUGGUGCUAUACAGAUAUUCCAUCUUUUCUGACUAAUUUAUCUAGUGACUAUCCUUGAUGGUGAAUUACAAUCCAAUAAUAUAUGCAAGUCAACAUUUUGUAGAAGAAUUUUUUAGGGCAUGUUGGCCAGGAAAAUUUGUAAUCCAGUAUUUCUAAUCUUUAAUGGAAAUUUUAAACAUAGGCCAUCUUUAAUAGUACGUAAUGCUUUUAAGCGGGCAUAUCUGGGUUAUGUACUAGAAAUGUCAAUUCCUUAAAGAAAUGUUACCUACCCUAUAAAUAUUUCCUUAGCUUUCAGCUUGGAACUAGAAAAUUGGAAUACCUCCCAAUCCUUGGGUUGUCUCUGAUGUUCAGUCUUUUGUACACAUUCAUGUUUGUGUUAAGUUCCAUAAAAGACAAAAGAAGUACAGGCAUAAAUGCAGUGCAACAUAAAAAAAUUUGUGCUGACAUAUAUUUAAAGCUGUAACAAUGCAUGCAACAUUUUCUAUGGAUACGAUAGAGAAAUCUUUGUUUUUCUAGCAUUGGUGAUUCCGUUUUGGAAUGGAAAUGUAUAAAGAAAAUAGUACGAUUGUAUUCAAGACAUUUAGCAACUAUGAAAUAUAGAGAAUUCUAAAUUAUAUUGUGUAAAAUAAUGCUUGAAUUGUGAUGUGAAGUUUCACUUCGGUUUUACAUUUCAAGUUUAAGAUUCAUUUGUAAAGAUGCCUGCAAGGGCAAGAGUUAAUAUUAUAAAAUUAUUGGUAGAGGAAUGUUUUAAAUGCUAGGCAAAUAUUCCAAUCAGGGUUACUGUGUUGAUAUAACGUUGUUCUAUUAUUUGCUUACCUAACAUUUAAUUGAUAUUUUUCUGUAAUGUAACCACACUGGAACCUGGUAAAAUGAAGCAUCCCUUUGAUCCUUAUGUUUAUAGCAUUUAUUCAGAAAUACUGUUUGAAGUAAGGACUUCUUUUACCACCUUUGUUGAUGCAAGUAUCCAUUGUGCUUUUAUAUUUCGGAAGCCUUGAUAGUUUCUGAAGAAGUAGUUCGUCAUUCUAACAUAAUAGUGUUCCUUAACAGCAAUUGCUUAAAUACAGUUGCAAGACAAACUUUGCCUAACUUACCUACUAGUGCCCGGAAUAAAUUAAAAUUUGGGGAGAGGGGAGUUGAGUUUCAAUUGUUCUCUAGACCAGAAAAAAACUAGGUAAAUAGAUAUUAGUUUUAUGCAUACCAAUCGAAUUAGAGACAGAAAAAUACAUUAGUUACCAAUAUGGACUUUCCAUAAUUUAGAAAACUGAUAAAAUACAUAUUUUUAAAAGUCGGUAAUAUCACACAUUUAUACGUAUGCUUUCAGUAAUGUAUGAAUUUGUGCUAAGCUCUUAAUGGAGCCUUUUAAGGGACAUCAAACUGUUGCCCAAACUAGGUAACUCUACCCAACUUCAAGGCCUCGGAUACCCUAGAAGUACUUGAUUAAGCAUUCCUGACCUAAUAUAUACAUAGGAAUUUGUUUAUUAUUUUGGCAAGGGCCUACAUCACUGUUGGGUUGGACAUGGAGAACCUGAAUGAUUUUCCUCCUGUGAAAAUGACUUGAAAGGAUGUUUUCUAAAUAGAAUAUAAAGAUAGGGAAAAGGUUAAAUAUUCAUCUGUUAGCCAGUCUUCUUCAAAGGAUUCCCCUUUUGCAUUCAUGUGGCCUGGCAGACUCACUUAGGGAACAUAUAUUUGUCCACUUAAUAUGUGGUUUGCCUGUGUUUGAGAAAGAAAUCUGCUUUGUUUGGCUUAUGUGGAAUUUAACAAGAAAUUUCUUGAAACAAAAUUUUGAAAGUUUUUUGAAUUAGUGGUAUGUAGCUUUUUUUUUUUUUGCAAAUAUCUAAUAACAGAACAAAAAUAAAUCAAAACCAAGACUGUCUAAGCUACUGUUGAGCAUUAUUUUCAGUUGUGUUGUUUGAUUGGUUUGGUCUUACUUAUUUUAACAUUACAAUUAUUCUUAGCAUGAUGUUUUCAGGAAGUUGUGAAAUCACUAGUUUUUAGGUUACAUUGCACUUAAAGAUACAAAACAGAGAAAACUAACUUAACCAUUUUGGAAAAAUUCCUCUCACGAAACAUUUGAUAAAACUGCCUAGCGUGUUUUGCAAGUUAACUGGUGUUGGCAGUGAUGGUAAUGUAUGUGUAGCUGCUUUUGAGGCUUCCUUCCUUUGAUAUUGGAGGAUGGAAAAACUAAUUGGAUCCAAGUAUAGGACACCACAGAUUGAAGAGCUUUUGAAUUCCAAGUUAAACUACAGAAAUUAUUUCUUUUUCUUCUUUUCUACCUAGGAAAUAGAACCUGGGACAAUACUAUUUUUUACUUUGAAAUUGCUGGCCUUUAGGCCUCAUGUAAGUUGCAGCAAUUGCUAUGACAUAUUAGGAAAAGGUUUUUCUGAUAUCCUAAGUUUUUUUUCCAAUUGAGAAGAGUAUAUUGUAUCUAUAUAGAGGAAUGUUAUAUCUGUUUCUACUUGCAGUUUGAAUUGAUACAUUCAAAGUAUAGAUUAUUUAUUUCUACUUCACCUUCAUUAUUUUUACAAAUAACUCAAGGCGGCAAAUAUAUCUAAAGCAAUCCCCUCCUAUUUUUCACAACACAACAAUCCCAUGAAAUGGGUUGGGCUGAGAGAGUGACUGGCCCAAAUUUGUUAGGAAAAAUAAUAUCUAACAUUAAUGCUGUUGCAUUAGGAUUCUGUGGCUUUGCUUAAAUAUAUUGCUAGCUAAACAGCUAUCUUUUUAAUCAGUAAUAUACUGAGCCAUGAUGGCACAGUGCUUAGAAUACAGUAUUGUAGUCUAACU